CGCAGUUCCUCUCUUUUAGGCGGCUACCCGGGCAACGGUCCUUGUCGCUGUCGUGUGCCCUGAUAGGGUCGGACCGUCUAUCAAGGAAGGAAGGAGGGCGGGGCUUGAAGGGGAGGAGGUGGAGGAGAAGAGAGUCUCCGGGGGGAAGGCAGAGAGGAAAUAUUCUCAGGAGUGACGGGCGGGGACCCCCCAUAGGGGCCCCAUAUAGAUGUUUUCAGGUGCCCAACACAUUCAGAUUCACAUUAAUUGGGGGGGCAUAAAACCACAAAUGACUCUCUACUCUCUCAUCCUUGUGCCGUAAAUUGAAAUCUGCCAUCCAGGUACCAUACCGUUCCAUAUGCUUCUCGCUUUGUCUCUAUCCUGUCAUCGCUGGGACAUGAUAAUAUCUCAAUCUUGAGGAUGGAAGGAGGCAACAAAAAUCUCAUCCAAAAAUUUGUGUGCCGAAAACUCUGGAGGAAAGGCUUCGACCCCAUUUGCUGCGUAGAUGUCCAGCCUGAGGUUUUUGCCAAUGGGACCACCCCCACGGAGCAAGUGGGGACCCGCCCAGGAGGAGUUCCGCAGGGAGCUGUGGCUGAAGAAGUGCUGCAGACUCUGCUGGAAGCGUCGGAAGAAUUUGAACUGAGGUACAGGCGUGCGUUUAACGACCUGGCCUGCCAGCUACACAUCACCCCAGACACGGCCUAUCAAAGCUUCGAGCAGGUGGUGCAGGAACUGUUUAGGGAUGGCAUAAACUGGGGGCGCAUUGUGGCUUUCUUCUGUUUUGGGGGGGCGCUGUGUUUUGAGAGCGCGGAUAAGGAAAUGGAGGAACUUCUGCCUAGGAUUAUUCAAUGGAUGGCAACCUAUCUGGAUUCGUCUUUAGAGCCAUGGAUACAAGAAAACGGAGGCUGGGAAGAGUUUGUCAUUCUAUAUGGACACGACGCAGCUGCCAACACCAGGAGAAGCCAAGAACGCUUCGGGAGGUGGCUCCUGACGGGGGUGACGCUGGCAGGCGCCAUCCUACUGGCCUCUUACAUCAUCCGCAGAUAAGAAGAAGGGUCCCGCCGUCCCCCUGAGAGGGGAGAUCAGGGACUUUGUGUCGCAUCAUGAAGGUUCUACAGCCACGGCCACACACUUACCGCAAGGCCGUCACGUGGCUGCAAAUCAAGAAACGUUGUUAACUGUUUUAAACCCCUUUUAGAGUUUGGAUGUUUUCUGCUGCAGAAAGCAGAACGUUAAUCUGUUAAAAUAAAUAUUUUUUUUUUUUUCGUUUC